ACCUUCCCCGGUCCGAAGCAGAACGCUUCAUGACAUCCCCACCAGCCAACAAAGGGGCCUACCCAGUGUACAUCCUUGAAGUUGGAUACACCUCUGACCUGCACCACAGCGAGAAGCUCAUUCAAGAACAAGCACAGCACGCCACCCUUGCCACUGCCAUGCGAGCUGCAGGGUGGACUGUGCACUACGAUACUAAACACGUCAUUACACUGGGCCACGGUGGCACUGUCCCCCGUACCCUUGAAACUCUCCUCAAAGACCUAGGAGCCAAACCGCAGGCAGCCAAGGCCUGCUGCACACGUCUCCACAUGCAUAGCGUCACCACACUCCGGGGCACCGCAAACCUGUACUACCGGCUAGAGCGAGAGAUGGGCACUGCCAACACCCGAUGCCGCCCGGGAGGCCGCACCCAGGGGACCGCCAAUGGCGGCCCCCGCGCAGGGGAGCCGGGAUAUUAUUAUUAUUAUUCUGGUGCUAAGCGUAUGGCCUGCCCCAUGGCCUCCAUGUCGUUGGCGGCUACUUUGGCGGCACCUUUGUCAGCUUCCUCGUUGCCGUGGAGCCCUGUGUGAGAGCGGAACUUCAGCAGCUGGACUGGGACCCCGGCGUCGGCAUACAUUUGUAGCUCGUGGAGAAUGUUUUCCAGCAGGUUUUUAUGCUUGGAUAGUAGGAGUCGUUGUGGUGCAGUAAGGGCUCGGCGGAUCAAGUAGAGAGACACUAGGGAAUCACUGGCUAUGGUUACUUGGGUCAUGCCCAUCAGACAGAGUCGGGGGCGGAUGUAUUCUAACGCAACGAGAAUGGCUGAUAGUUCGGCUCUCUGGAUUGUGUUGGUGCUGUUGAGGCCGCCUGGUUCGACGUAGAUGUGUUCGGUCUGUUGGGACCACGCGCAAGCACCGAGUUUGUUCAUUUCGUUGCCAUCUUCACCGGCCGCAACUUUGAUGCAAGAUCCGUCGGUCCAAACAAUGGUGGUGGCAUCGUACAGGUAGCUGCUCCGAGUGGGGAAGGCAGCUCGUGUGGUGUAGAGGGCAGAGAGCGUGGGCAUGGGCGUAGGGCAUGUGUCCAGGCCCCGUGCUGCUGGUGCUUGGGGUCUAGUUAGCUGCUUUGCACGGGCUUUUGCACGGUGGCUGUAUGGUCGGCCCGGUGGGGCUGUGCGGUCACGGGGGAGGGUUACGCGCGCGGGCCACUCCAGUGGUUGUCGGCGCCCUGGGGGUUGCGAGGUCGGUGGCGGCACCGCUCCAAGUUCGGCCAGGGAGGUUUGGAGACGUGCCAGGUUAUUGUUGGAGUUGAGUGCUUGUACCCCUGUGGUGUUCGCAAUGAGGAGUAGCUGCAGGCCCUGCUUGCUGCUGGCAGCCUCGUCGGCCGCCCCGAGGCCAUCUAACAUGCUAGAGGCGGAUACGCCAGGUGGAAUCAGGGCCAGGAUGGUGACAUGUGGACUCGCAAGGCACCGGCUGACGGCGCCUUUGCCUUGUGGGAUAAUCAUGAAGGUAAUGGCGGGGGUGGCCUGGUGUUCUAGGUGUUCGAUCGAUGCUGUUGCCCACGCCAGUGCCUUUGUGCAGGCGUCUGGGUCAGGGUCAGGGUGGGCGAGGGAAAGGCCAUCAAACGGGGCCGUGUACGCAUCAUGUGAGGCCCCGAAGAGGGAGUCAGCUGCGUGUUGGCUGUAAUAUUUAGUGGCCCGGCCCGAGCAGUUGAGUGGAGAGGCAAACCGUUCCACCAGCCCCACUGGGCGGUCAGGGUCUGAGUGUGUCGAGGCAAGGCAGUUGUACAGCGCCAGCUUCAGGGACUCGGGGAGAGAGCGCUCACGUGCGGGGGCCGACUUGCAUGUCUUGCCUUUGCUGUCUACCCGUGCGCGGAUUAGCAGUUUAGCCAAGUCUUCCGGGAAGCCCCCUUGAGAUCGGUGCGGGCUGGUUGCGUCAUGGUGGGUAGAUAGGGUGUAAUCAUAUCGAGCUUUAAGAGUCAGCAACGUGCCUAGCGUAACGGAUGCUAUGUGGCGUCCGGUAGGGCUGUAGACGUGGGCGAGGGUGCGAUCAUCAGUGUAUGUGUCUGGGAUUUGGAUUGUAUACCUUCCGGUGGGGUGGACGUCGAGGUAGGGAUUGCACGGGUUGGUGUCAAUGCGCGUGUUCUGUUUGGUGGUACGUCGGACGUGGGACGCGACCACGUCGGCUUGCGUCCAUCGCCCUUGCUGUUGGGCAGGUGUAAGACGGGCGUCUUUGGGCUUGGGUUGUGGCAUGGGUGUAGGGGGUUCUGCAAGUUUCCGCAAGUGUUCGGAGAUGGCAGGGGUCCACCCUUGGAGGGUGGGGCAUUUGUCUACGGGUUCGCUGGUGGGUUCCCAUUUCAUGCGCAGGAAAUGUUUGCAGCACGCUUGCCCGUAUCCCAUGUGUGCGGCAGCAGUCCCAGUAUACUUCAUGCGGGUGUAGGCCUCAGCCGCUCCUUUAACGAUGGCUGUGUCCUUCCAAGCUACCUCAUAGUAGCGCUCGGUGUGGAGACUGUCACCCUUCUCUGGGGCAGUGACGGCUUUAGUGAUGGGCCCAGCUCGAGUGUGCGAGAUUUCCUCAAUGUCGUGGUACAGGGAGUGCACUAGUUGCUUUGCUGCUUGGGCAACGUGGUAUGCCUGCGUCGGCCAGGGUAGUUUGCCUGUCAGGAGCUGGAGUCGGAUUCCCAUCCAACGCUUGAAGGGCCUUGGUUGGGGUGGGUGGUGCUCCAUGUGUGCACGGAGGCGUUCACGCUCCUGCAUAUAUUCUGCACGCAUUUGUCCUUGUGGGUCGUGGUCAGCCUGGCGGGGGUCGUGGCUGUCCCCCGGUGUGGCACCAGUGAUGUUCGGCCAGUUUGGAGGCUCAGGUGCAAUCAUGAAAUCCCCAGUGUCUGCCCAUCUCGGUCGGGAGUCAUAUGCACAGGUGGGAGGUGUUGUUGGCGGGUUUGCGGAUAUGUAAGCUGUGACGGGAUUUAGCGGAUUGGUGUCGUCCACCUGGCUACCCAGGAAGUAGGGGUCUGCGAGGUGGGCUGGGAUUGUACGGGUCGGGUUGGGGCGAGUGCGGGUUUGCGGGAACUUGCUUUGGUGGCGGGGAAUUCCAAGUCGAGGCAUGCGGUUGGUUCCUUGCAUGUCUUUUUGUACAUUGGCAAAGUAGUGUGGUGCCCACAUGACAAAGUUCGGGGGACCGGAGUCAUUUUCAUCGGGGUCGUUGUUUAGUAUAAAGCCAGAUUUCUCUGUGUGGCUGCGUAUAUCGGUAGGUGGCAGUGGGUCGUGCGGGGGGUCAGCAUCAAUCUUUUGCUGUAGGCGCUUGAUGGCGUUGGGUCGUUGUUUCUUACUUUUAGGCUGCUGGUGGGCCGUUGUGAGGGACGCUACUGUGGGGGGCGUCUGGGGUAUUGGGGGCGUCCGGGCCCUCUGGUGUAGUUAGUGGGGGUGUGGGCUGUGUUAGCGGCGGCGGCAUGGGUUGUGCUAGUGGCGGGGUAGGCAGUGUGCCUGUCGUCGGAGUUUGGGCUGUUGUGGCGGAAGACUUCAAUGCUGUAGCUAACGCUGCAGAUCGCACAGGGCCGCUUGACUCUGCUGACC